AGUGCACCGCAACCGCAGCACACACACUCCAUUGUUCUAGCUCUCCUUCCCUUGCAGCAGAGAGAGAGGAAAGAGAGUAGAGAGAAAGUAGGCAGCCGUUGCUCGCUGGCCUAGCUUUGGAUGCUCUCGUUUUCCUUUCACGGCCAGCCGCUGCUCCCUGCACCGGAAUCUCUCGCUGCCUUUCUUCCCUCUCCCCUCCUAGCCUAGCUUCGUACCAUAGGAGUACUGGCAUUCAAGAGAGAGCUUUGUUUGUUGGAGCAAACCUAGGUGCCGGUUGCAGGUUGCAGCAGCUGCUGCGCGCGCCGUAGCCUAGCUCUGCCUCUGCCUGCUCGCUUUGAAGACGCGCCCUCAAAACGCUCAAACCCUGCUUGUCCCUUUCUCCCAAACCCCCUGCCGCCUUUUGGUCUCUCUAGCUGCCGCCCCGGGCACCGCGCCGUCUCAGGUGGGCGAGCGGCCAGCACCUGCACUGUUUCCUCCCUUGCUGUCAUCUCUCCUUCCAUAUAUUUCCGCCCCCACCACCGCUUGUCUCACUGCGGAGGUAGAGAGACGUGUGUGCUGGGCUUGUGAACUUGUCGGAGCUAGCCACCCUCUCGCAAUCACUUUCUUGAUUCUCUUUUCGUCUCAGCUGGGAGCAGCUAGCUAGUAGCUUCGCCGGCGAGCUUUUGCUAACUCAUGGCGUGGAGCGGGUUCAGGGAGACGGUGGGGGAUAGCGGCCUGGAGCUCCGCCUCGGCCUCCCCGCCUACUUCUCCAAGCCGGUGGCCGCUGCAGCAGGUUUCCACGGCGAGGAGUCGACAGGCGCCGGCGACUUUGCUCGCCAGCCCAAAGGAGAAGGAAGCAAUAAUGCCUACAAGACCAAGCCGGCAGUAGCGGCUGCUCCGGUCGUGGGGUGGCCGCCGGUGCGCUCGUUCCGCCGGAACCUGGCCGCCUCCAAACCGUCCUCGUCCAAGGAGGACGGCAGGGGAAACCAAGACGUUGACGUCGCGGUCAAGGCAGGUGCCGGCGACGAACGCGUGUCCCGGAAGGGCCAGUUCGUUAAGAUCAACAUGGACGGCAUCCCGAUCGGGCGGAAGGUCGAGCUCAAGGAGCACGGCAGCUAUGCCGACCUCUCCGCAGCCGUCGACAACCUCUUCCGCGGCCUGCUCGCAGCUCAAAGGGACCUGGCUGCCACCGCCGACGGGAAGCUCCUUGCGAUCUCCGGCGGCGAGUACACUCUGGUGUACGAGGACGACGAGGGCGACAGGAUGCUCGUCGGGGACGUCCCAUGGAAGAUGUUCAUCGCCACGGCGAAGAGGCUGCGGGUGCUCAAGAGCUCCGAUCUGUCUGCCUCGUCGCUGACAGCGGGGAGCAGGAAGAGGCCGGCUGCGGCGGACUGCUGAUCGAGUUAAGAUCGAACUCGGCCGACGACGCAUGUCUGCAUUGUAAAGGCCUUUUUUUGACGCGAAUUAGUCGAUCCUGUUUGGAUGCUACCUACGUCUAUGUACGUAUGAAGAUGAGAUCACGGCUGUAAUUAGGGCCGUGUGUACUGUUGCUACAGCUAUUUUGUGGGGCAUGAUGUUUGGUGGUGGUAUUUUGGAUGCUUGUGUACGUCUAGUUAGAACUCUCCGCUAGAUGAUCUAAUAUACACCGGUACGUUCUUA